AUGCUGGCUGGGCGGCGUGUUCGCCACGGGCGAAUACAAAAUACGUCAAUUUCGCGCGUGACUGAUUCCCUUAACUGUUCGCGUCGCGUUUUUCUUCUUCUCGACUGUAUUAUUAUUGACUUUCAAAAAGAGUUGAGAAUGAUUGCUAGAGCGUAUCUUUCCGUGGCCGUUGCGGCUUUGGCUGCCGUGAGCGAUGCUGCACCUCAUGACAUUAGGAGUUUCAACUACAAGUCGCUUAGCUUGAGAGAAGUGGGAGCUCGAAACACCGAGGAUUGGCGCAUGUGGCUGGAAAAAGAUGGUGAUCCCAUCUCAUUUUGGAACGAUGUCCCCACCUGGCCCGACGAGAACGACAAGCAGAUUGUGAAUUUGGUUGUCGAAGUCCCUCGCUGGCAAGAUGCGAAAACUGAGCUGGCCAGAGACGAGCCGUUGAACCCCAUGCAUCACGACUCUCACAAUGGCGCUCCUCGAUUUGUCGAGAGCGUCUGGCCUCACAAGUCAUAUCCGUUUCCAUACGGUUCUAUCCCUCAAACAUGGGAGAGCCCCAACUACAAGCACAACUUCACUGGUCUUGUGGGAGAUAAUGACCCUGUUGAUCUCUUCGACAUUGGACAAGAUCCUGGUUACGUUGGUCAGGUGAAACAAGUCAAGAUUCUUGGUGGUCUGGCUUUGGCUGAUGGAAACGAAACGGACUGGAAGGUUGUGGGCAUCGAUAUUAAGGACCCCCUUGUCUCUCUUGUCAAUUCUGACAAUAUCAUAGCAUGGGAAGAUGUCGAGAAAUACCGCCCAGGAACUCUUGAGACUUUCAAAGACUGGUGGAUACACUACAAGGUCGCCCGAGGCGAUGUGCCGAUAGAUAUUGUCGGCGACACAUAUCAGAACGUCACUUUCAUGAAGAGCGUGUUGGAAGAUAGUCAUCAAAUGUGGCAAGAACUGAUUAAAGGCAAGGUUGACUCCAACGAGAUCAACUACAACCAAACUUCACACCCUGAUAUCUCGAAAAGCUUUAUCAAGAAAAAGAAAACGACCAAGGCAUUCAAACUGCCUCGAAAGAGUCGGAUUGAGCCGGCUGCUGAAAAGCCCGAGGCAUACAAAGGCUGGUGGUAUCUUGACAGCAGCAAGUCUUUGGUCCACGUUUCAAGCCUUCAAGAUUCUGUCUUCAACCGACAACCUGCCUGA